CAUAGAGUAUCGAACUGAAACUUUAAAUACUCGCGCUUAGUACUAGUUUCUUUGUGUGCAAAUUUCAUACAAGUGGCUAAUUUCAUAAAAUUGUAAAAAAAUAAAACACUCAAACUGUAAUAAUUCAAUGGAACUAUCGCAAUAUUCUGAAACCAGAACCUGAACAGUCUGGCAUCUUAACCUGAAAUUUCUAUGUAAAUGAGAAUAGAAAAAAUUGGUUUGUUUACUUCGGUGUAUUACAUUACUAAGUGUUCACAUUAUUGGCACAAAUAGGCUAUUUAAGUUGAGAUCGAGUAAUUAUGAAGUUAGCACUUUUUGUUCUCAGUUUAGGUAUUCUUUCUUUUUCUUUUGUUCGCGCUGUAAAUAAAUAUACAAAAGAAGCAAAUGUAGAUUUUGGGAAAUCAAACAUCAUAUCUGAACCUGAGGUUAAUGUUAGGACUCUUGACAGACCAUUUAGGAUGGCUAAACUAAAUAUGCUGUGGACAAAAGCUCAAGUGCGGCUGACUGAACCCAAACUAAAAUCUUUAUUCUCAGAACUAAAGAUACAUGACAAAGAAGAAAUAACUUUUAAAAGACUGAAGAAUGAAGGAUCUGAUAAAGAGGGCUUGAAGGAAGCUGAAUUAAGGAAGAAACUUAUUGGUAUAAUGAGCACAUAUGGCCUCUUGGAGCACUUUGAAGAGGUCAACGACCCUGCCAAGUAUAAGCACCACAAGCCAAUGAGUGGCUCCUCUGAUUCUCACCUCAACAAGAGUCUGUUCAAGGAUAAGAAACUCAACAAACUCUGGGAGAAAGCGGAACACUCAGGUUUUACAGCGGAGGAGUUGCAGGCACUUAAGGAAGAAUUCAGCCACCACCAGGACAAGAUAGACCAAUACUAUGGCCUGUUGGGCGAGAGUGACAAGAAGUAUGAUACACACAUAAAUUCUAUUGACGAUAAAUUGGACCAAUUGAACGAGAUCAAUAAACGGUCUGAUGAACUGAACGAAGAAAGCAAUUAUAUUGUGAAAGCUAAUGAACUCAGGGACAAGCACAGAGAGAUCAGAGACGGGUAUGACCGGCUACAUAGACUGUCUGUGAAAGGGCCGAAGAGCAACGAGUUUGUGGAACCCAAAGUGCAAGGCCUGUGGAAAUUAGCCACUGAGACGAAUUUCACAUCGGAUGAGCUAGAAUCACUUAAGGUGGAGCUGUUCCACUAUGAAAAGCGCCUCCUGAAGCUGAGACACCUGCAAGUGGAGGCAGCCCUGGCAGGAGACUCUCGCGGGAAGAAACAAGCAGGUGAGAAACUAACGCUGAGCGAAGUCAAUGACGAGACCAUCAAGAAGCAGGCACGCAAAGUGGAGAAGCUGCACCUCGACUUGGAGGCACGAAUCAUGCAAAAGCAUAUCGAGCUUUAAAUUAGUUUAAUAGACACAUUGAAUCUGUUUUGUCUUCCUUUCUUAUGACUGUAAUGCAUUGUAGUGAUAUUAUACUUAUAUUAGUGAACUACUAAAAUUACGCUAUGUUGUUUUAACCUUGUGUGCCAUGCCUGAUAUUACUAAUGUUUAAAAGACUCUCUUUAUAUGUAGAUUAGGCAUAAUAUCGGCUCAUGGCACUCUAAAGAUUAUUAUAUUUGUGGGUUAUUACUAGAAUGUAAAAUAUUGGGUGAAAUAAUAUUAAAUUACUUGCAAUACUUGUACAACUGUAAUUAAUUAAGGGUAUUUUUUAUUAGGAAUAUGGCAAAGUAGUAUAUAGUCAAAAAAUAUUUUACUUUAUCAAUUUAUUAACUGUAUUCUCAUUUAAAAUGUUCACCUUUGAGUGGUUGUAAUUUAAGAUCAUAAAUUCAAACUAAUAUUUAUUAUCAGUGUGUUUGUACAGAUUUACACUGUUCCUUUAGUAAUUAUACUUGUAAGAUUUGUCAAGAAAGUUUAUUGCUUAUUUUGUCAUGCAGCCCAAUUCCUGCCACCAUCUGACCUCAUCUUUUGGAAUGUCUAAUUGAAUCUCGUUAGUUUAACACUCAUUACCAGAGUUAUAUCAAGAGUGCAGAAGACUGACAAAGUUGUUUUAUUUCGUCAGAAACUAGAAGCAAAAUGUAUUCAUUGUUUUAGUUAAGGAUUCAAUGGCAGCUACUCAUAAUUCAGACUGUUUCCUGAAACCAUGAUUACAAUGUCAUCUGAAAUGUCAAACAAUGAUUUUCAAUGAUUGCCUCAUGAAUUCAUUCUACUGUUCAGGACUGCCUUUAUAGGUCUGCUAGAAUAUUCUGCACAGAGAACUUAUUUAUUUUUAAAUUUUGGUAUCAUUCACUUACUUAUCAUUAAGAGGAAAUUAAUACCAAUAAUCUCAGAUAACCAAUAUAUGGUAAAAUCUGAUGCAAAUGUUUUGGUUAACAUUAUAUUGACAUCUCUUAAAAUUGAGUUAAUUAAUAAAACUUAACUUUUUAUUAUUGUUUUAUAUUACUUAAGUAACUCUUAAGCCUACAUGUUUUUUGCUUGUUAAUUGCUUUCAAGUGUUUAUUUUUCUUCUAUAUUAAUGUAUUUAUUGUUAAAAGACUACAAUGUCUUUAGUUGAGAUGUAGGCAAGGGCCACAAUACCCUAAUUUUGCCCAGUUAAUAAAGAGAAUUUUUAUUCAUCAAUUCAAUAUUCUAUCGAAUGUUACCUUACAUAUACACUUAAACAGUGGAACAUACUGCAUAGUUUAGAUAUUUGGACAACACUGUUAGUAGGCAUCUGGGACAACUGAUGGAUCCAAACCUAAGCUAUACUUCGAGAUUGGGUAAUUUCCAGAUAAACUCUAAUUUUGUGUACAAUAUAACAUUUUUCUUUUAACUCAAAACACUGAAAUGUAUUUUUCUUGUGUAAAGUAAAUCUAAUGUUAGUAACAUUAUAAAUUUUCUUAUAGGCUUACGAUUUAUAAAUUGGUUGAGUAAGUAAUACCAGUGUUAGAAAUGUAUGAUUCUUACUUUGGUGAAUGUAUUGUUAAAAUUUCAUUAAUUAUCAACAAAGAUUCAAAUAUUUUUCUAUUUACUAUCAAUGUAAUAUAUUUUGUCUUAGCUUCUUGCUAAAAGUUUUUGUAGUUUAAAAAAUGAUAUUUCUCGGAUCUUAGUAAGUGGCAGUAUAAAGAAUGAUAUAUAAUAUUUAUGAUGUUGUGUUAAGUUAAUGACACACUAGUCUGGCAUUUUAUUUCAGACAAUAUUCGCAAUACCUGUAUUGUCUUUUUGAGGUAAUUUUUAUUCUUAUAUUAUUAAUUGUUAUAUAAGUUGCAGGGAAACCAAUAAACAGAUGUAAUAUACAAGGAUUAAGAUAAAAACAAUAAAUACUUUGCAUUUAUUAUGGAUCAAUGUAGCUUAUUUUGUAUAUUAAAUAAAUUUAUACUAUUUCUA